GCUAGGGCUUUUUUUUUUUAUAAAUUAAAUUUUGGAGUUUUAAAAAAUCUGGUUCUGCUGUGGCUGCAGCAUUGCGCAUUGCUGAUAAUAAUUCCGACUGGACUGCCUUUCGACCUCUCUUUCUCCAUGACAACCACCAAACGUGCUUAUAAGCUACAGGAAUUUGUAGCUCAUUCGCAGAGUGUCAACUGUCUCAAGAUUGGGAGGAAAUCCUCCAGGGUUCUGGUCACCGGAGGAGAAGAUCACAAGGUUAAUCUCUGGGCCAUCGGCAAGCCCAAUGCCGUUCUGAGCUUGUCUGGCCAUUCAAGCGGAAUAGAUUCUGUUAGCUUUGAUUCUUCAGAAGUGUUGGUAGCUGCUGGAGCUGCUAGUGGUACUAUCAAGCUUUGGGAUUUGGAGGAGGCCAAGAUUGUUCGCACCCUCACUGGUCAUCGAUCAAACUGCAUUUCUUUGGACUUUCACCCCUUUGGGGAGUUCUUUGCGUCUGGCUCCUUGGACACCAAUUUAAAGAUAUGGGAUAUCAGAAGGAAAGGCUGUAUACACACUUACAAGGGGCACACUCGAGGUGUCAAUGCCAUCCGGUUUACACCAGAUGGUCGUUGGGUUGUCUCUGGUGGAGAGGACAACACUGUGAAGCUGUGGGAUUUAACAGCGGGAAAGCUGUUGCAUGAUUUUAAGUGUCAUGAUGGCCAGAUUCAGUGCAUUGAUUUUCAUCCCCAUGAGUUCCUACUGGCAACAGGUUCAGCUGACAAAACUGUGAAAUUUUGGGAUCUUGAAACGUUUGAACUGAUAGGCUCUUCUGGGCCUGAGACCACAGGAGUGCGUUGCAUGACUUUUAAUCCUGAUGGUAAAACACUUCUCUGUGGGCUGCACGAGAGCUUGAAGGUUUACUCUUGGGAACCAAUCCGCUGUCAUGAUACAGUCGACGUGGGGUGGUCAAGAUUGUCUGACCUUAGUAUUGAUGAAGGAAAGCUUCUUGGAUGUUCAUAUAACCAGAGUUGUGUCGGCGUAUGGGUUGUAGACAUCUCUCGAAUUGAGCCUUAUGCGAUGGGAAGCACAACUCUGUUAAAUGGCCAAUCAGAAAUGAAAUCCGGUUCAAGUGGGAAUCUGUCUGUGCCUGUUGAGGAUAUUGCUAAAGCCAGUUUGGGCAGGCUGUCCAUUUUACAAAAUUCAGAUUCAGUAAAAGAAGCUAAAUCUUCUGGUCGACUUUCCACAUCGCAAAACUCAGACCUCAACAAGGAAUCUAAACCUCUUUCAUCUACUGGAACUGUACCUGGUACUCCUCACAGGGUAAAUCUUGGUGCUGGUCAAAAAGUUGCUCCAAUUGGUAAUGCAGUUGUUCCCAAUGUAGCAGCCCCAAAGAGAAAUGCUGUAAAAGUCCAGCCAGUGGCUACCACUUCAAUCAUCAACAGGUCAGACGUGAUACCUGUGGUUGUCCCACGAAAUAAUUUGAGGUUCGAACAGGCAGCAGAAUCAAGGAAAGAGGGAAUCAUUGCAAGAACAAUGCCAUUAUCCUUGCAAUCAAGAGGAUCUUCUAAUAUCAGAGAUGAAAUUGAGAGGCCAAUUGCUUCUCCAAAGCCUGAAAGUCAGGUUGCAAAGGCAGCUGAUUUGAGUGGACUUACAGAAAGGAAGACUAUUCCUGCAGAUGAAACUCGUGGCCCAAAUGUUAAUAGAGAAUCAAAUAUGAGUGAAGGUAAAAGAGCAGGAAGAACACGUUCGCUGGUCGCCAACUGGGAGAGGAGAGAGAGAGUAACUUAUAGUGAGGGUCUUGCCACCAGCAAUAUUCCUGUGACAAUUCAUGCCAUAAACACUCGAACAACUAGUGUGGGAGGCCAGACUUUAACACCUGAAAGUGAGAUGGUUUCUACUAGUGAAGAGGAUGUUAUUGCUGACUUGAUGAAACAUCAUGACGAAUUUGUUGGCUCAAUGCAUUCACGUUUAAUUAAAUUGCAGAUGAUCCAUAACCACUGGCAAAGGCAUGAUGUUAAAGGUGCCCUUAGUGCAAUGGAGAAGAUGGGCGAUCAUGGAGUCAUUGCCGAUGUAAUAAGCCUUGUGACAGAAAAAGCUGAUAUUGUAACAUUAGAUAUCUGCACCUGUCUCCUGCCACUUCUCAAUGGGCUUCUUGAAAGUGAGAUGGACAGGCAUCAAAAUAUCUCAUUGGAGAUGCUUCUGAAGCUGGUCAGAGUAUUUGGGUCAGUAAUAUAUUCUUCUAUAUCAGCACCUUCAUCCGUAGGAGUGGAUAUUGAGGCAGAGCAAAGGUUGGAACGCUGCAAUACAUGCUUUGUUGAGCUUGAAAAGGUUAAGCGUUGCUUGCCUGUACUUUGCAGAAGAGGUGGUUCAAUUGCCAAGUCGGCACACGAGUUAAAUCUAGCACUUCAAGAAGUUUAGUUUCAUGAGGAAAGUGUGUAUUGAUUGAGUAGUUUAGUUGCAAAUAUUGGAUUGACACCUAACAUGUUUCUCCAAGAAGACUGUGGGACUUGAUCGCAGUCGUGCCAAGUGGAGGCUGCUAAUUCAUUCAUUUAACUCAAGGUUGAAAGCUGAGUGAGAAAUGGCCUUUUGCUUUCAUCUGCUUGAACAGAUACUGCGCCCCAUCAACUUUACCUGGUGGAGAAUGCUUAGGUCUAAUUCUUAGCUAACCCAAUAUCAUGAAAUGCUAAUCUUUAGUUGUAGGCUUAUUGGGUAAAUCAUGUAUUGCUGUAAUGUAGUUAGGUACUAGCAAAUAGAUGCGAGCUGGGGAGAUGUAAUAGAAGCUUGUAUGUGCCAUUUACACAUCAGAUAUGGCUUUUUGGUGUCUGUGUGUCGAAAAGCUUAGUAUAACUGUAUGUCUGUAUUGCCUCCUGACAUUCUUAUGAUUUGAAUUACCACUACUUUCAAUUGUCAAAUCAUAUGGAAAGAGAUGGAAGAAUUUUUAAA